AUGAACACGAGACGACACAUCCUUCAGGAGGACUUGCAGGGCCUUGCUGAACUACACGCCCUGAGUAUCCUGCAUAACGAGAACGUCUUUCAAGAGCGGCUUAUUGACCUCGUGGGAACAUUUGCGCCGGAGAACGCCAGUCAACCGCUUGAGACUUGGGGUCAUCUAGAUCCGGAUCUAAGAGAUCUGAUUGGUGGGAUGACGAGGCUGGACCCCAGGCAAAGGAUCACUGCCAAAGAGGCGCUGCAUCAUCGAUGGAUUGUCAGGAGCUAUACCACGUACCUAAGUGCAGUCAGUGAGCGUCAGGUGAGUUAAAAAUGGUAAGCCGCCUGGAACCGCGUUGCGUACUGGUAAUGGUGCCGGUCUAUAACGAAGAAACUGCGGCGGCGGCCUGCUACUAUCCUCUAUAUCGAGAGUGCGGCUUGGACCAACACGGAAGGCACUUGGUUUCGCCUUUCAACUAAGCUAGGCUACCACCCUCUCUUCAAAGACCCCCUCUUCACAGAUGAUCACUCCUCGUGGCAUCAUCUGGCGAACUAGUCACGGUUGAGCAGGGCUUCCAAAACUUGGACUUGACUUCUACGCAAACGCCCCCUCCACGAACUCCACCUUCGAACCGACAACUAUCUCCACUGAACGAUUAUGGCCGGGAAUGCCUCAGUUCAAGGACCUCUUGUACCUUUUAGAAUCCUCUCUAUGGAGUGGGUGAAUUCUUGCUACAUUUCUCUCCUGAAAGCGCUCUCCAUAUUAGGGAGUUCUCGGUAGUCCUUGUCCAGUCUCCAUUAAAGUGAGCCUUGAGCAAUGACUGACUAACCCCAAUUCUCGAAGAAUAUGCUGGCGUAGUAAUAGAGAAGGCGAUUGCAUUUUUUAUAUUCCAGACCAGAGAGAUCGUUCAAUUGGACGGCCAAUCAAUUGAUG